CCCAUCCCCUUCCCUUCAUCCUCUACUCUUUCCUUCUCUCUCUCCCCAUACUCCUGCGCACCACCAGCCGCACAGCCCUCUCCCACGAACAACCACGAGCAGCAGGGGCUGCGUGGUCUCUUCCAAGCAGCAGAGCAGGCCGCGUGUACCCUCACAACAGUCGGUAGUCCCUAGUGCCGCCACUCCUUCCCUUGGUCCACCACCACCACAACAACCACCUACAAUCUUACCUUAAGUUGAAAGGUCCUUCAAUGGUGAUUGAGGAGACGAUAUCAUCGAAGAAUCCUUCUAGUUGAUAGCUGGAUUCGUUACCUUGAAGCGACAUCGUCGUUUUGAAAUCAUCCCACUAAACCCCAAGUUUAGUUCGACAUCUUCCAUUUGCCAUUUCAACAACCCUUUCUACGUGCUAGCUUCAAGUCUGAAACCAAGCUCAACCACCGUUUCAAUGUCCAAGGCUGACGCACAGACCCCUGAUCUUGAUUCCACUAGCUUCUCACUACUGCUUUCCCUUCGGUCUUCUCUUCUCGCAGUAAAAUGAAUGCUGCAAUGUCUGUGGAAUUAAAUGUCCUAAAGGAUGUUCUACAGCCAUUGCUAAAGGCUUCAAAUUCGUCAACAUUGAGCGAAGCCUUAGAAAAGCUUAUUGUUGUUUCAAAAAGCGAUGAUGGACGAUCAGAUCUUGCAUCGAAGCAUAUACUCCCAAUUGUACUCGAGCUACUUCAGCAUCUCUCGUAUCCAUCGGCACAUCCUGUUCUCUUGCUGUCUCUUAGACUUCUCAGAAAUUUAUGUGCAGGAGAUGCGGUGAAUCAGAACUUGUUCAUUGAGCAGAACGGUGCUGCAAUCGUUUCCAGUGCAAUCAAUUCUGUGGGCUAUGAUUCUGAUAAUUCAGCUUGCACAAUUGUACGCACUGCCUUACAGGUGGUAGCAAAUGCUUCACUUGCCGGGAAGGAAAGUCAGCGUGUAAUAUGGGACCAAUUUUUCCCUGAUUUUUUUCUCAGAAUCACUAGUAUUCGCAGAAGAGAAACUUGUGAUCCUUUGAGUAUGAUUAUUUGUACUUGUUGUGAUGGUAACAUUUACUUGUAUUCUGAGCUUUGCAGAAAUCCAGGAUUGGCUAUCAUUGCUGAAAUUGUUCGUACAGCUUCAGAAGUUGGAUUUGGAGAAGAUUGGGUCAAGAUACUACUGUCAAGAAUUUGUUUGGAGGAAUCUCAUUUACCUGCAUUGUUCCAGUAUCUAAAUGAUGACUUUGACAAACUAGAAGAUCAUGAAAGUAGAAAUAUUCAUUUUACAGGAGACCAAGCUUUCCUUUUGCGCAUUGUGUCUGAAAUUUUGAAUGAAAGACUCGAGGAUAUUCAUGUUGGUUCAGAGUUUGCUUUAUAUAUUCUUGGGUUGUUUGAGAAUGCUAUCAAAGCUAUCGAUUUUUACACUAGGGGCCAGUCUAAGCUGCCCACUGCCGUCCCUUCCAUUGAUGUCCUUGGAUACUCGCUUAUUCUUUUGAGAGAUGUAUGUGCGCAAGGGAGUACGACAGUUUCUGAAGAUAAGGAAAUUCUAGAUGUUGUAGCUUCAUUAGUGUCUAGGGGGCUUUUGGAUUUGCUAUUAUCCCUACUCAAUGAGCUUGAAUUACCAACAUCAAUCAGGAGAACUAUGAAACCGGAUAUGAACCAAGUGCCAUCUUCUCAUUCGCCAAAGAUGUGUCCAUACCAGGGUUUCAGAAGAGACAUUGUUGCAGUCAUCGGAAAUUGUUUAUACAGAAGGAAAAACGUACAAGAUGAAGUGAGAAAAAAGAACUAUAUAUUUCUUCUUUUACAGCAAUGUGUUCUCGAUGACGAUAAUCCCUUCUUAAGGGAAUGGGGCAUAUGGUGUGCCAGCAACUUGUUGCAAGGUAAUGAUGAUAACAGGCAAAUUUUUGUUGAUAUGGAGAUGCAAGGCACUGUAGAGGUUCCUGAACUUGCUAAGCUAGGCCUGCAGGUUAAAAUUGACCCCAAUACUAGACGUGCUACGCUUGUAAAUAUGACUUGAGCUGCUUUAGCGUAGGGCGUAGGGUAUUGACUUAGUAGUUUUAGUUGUGUGCUUGAAGAUAUUGGGGUAUUGUAAUGUCAUAAAUGUUUUCCACCCUUACCUUGCAACAUGCAGGUUGUGAGUGCGAUACCCUACAGUAGCAUAAUGUCAAAUUUUUUUAAAUGUAGUGCCUUCAUGUGUGGGCAAAUAAGGGUACAUAUAUCCACCCCUGGCCCCUGGGUUGAUUCCUCAUAGCACCAUUUCUAACAUAAGAAAUGUUCAUGGAAAUUAAAAAAGUUAAAUAUUUUUA